AAGUUUUAUUCCAUUGUAUAGAUGUGCCACGGUUUAUCUAUUCACCUACUGAAGAAUAUCUUGGUUGCUUCCAAGUUUGGACAACAAAAAAUAAAGCUGCUAUGAAAAUUUGUGUGCAGGUUUUUAUGUAGAUGUAAGUUUUCAACUCAUCUGGGUAAAUACGAGGACAGUAAUUGGUUUAUACAAGAAUACAUUUAGUUUUAUAAGAGACAGUCUAAGUGGCUUUUAUCAUUUUGCAUUCACACCAGCAAUGAAACAGAGUUCUAGUUGCUCUCUUUUCUUGUCAGCAUUUGGUGUUGUCCAACUAAUUUUUGAAAGCUGUGCAAAAGGAAUUCAAUGGAGACGGCCUUUGAAGAAAUGAUGUUGGAAUAACUAGACUUAUUUUGUAUAAGGAAUUCUAAUGAAUCAUUGACCAGCACCAUUUUACCAGUUGGAAUGAGUUGUCAGAAAUGGGCAUAGUGCUUUUAGAUCCACCAUGUAACAGAUGGAUGUUACUCCAUGCUGAUUACUUUUUCAAGCCAACACCUGUUUAAUUGUGUAGGCUCUUUGUCUCUUCAUCUUUGAAUUCAAUUGCUAGCAAAUAAAGUAAAAGUUCAUGUAGUUUUUUUUUUUCCUAAGCUUGAGUCAUCAUGAGUAGUAGCUUAGGAAAAGAAAAAGACUCUAAAGAGAAAGAUCCCAAAGUACCAUCAGCCAAGGAAAGAGAAAAGGAGGCAAAGGCCUCUGGAGGUUUUGGGAAAGAAAGCAAAGAAAAAGAACCUAAAACCAAAGGGAAAGAUGCCAAAGAUGGAAAAAAGGACUCCAGUGCUGCCCAACCAGGGGUGGCUUUUUCAGUUGACAAUACGAUCAAACGGCCAAAUCCUGCACCUGGGACUAGGAAAAAAUCCAGUAACGCAGAAGUGAUUAAAGAGCUCAACAAAUGCCGGGAAGAGAAUUCAAUGCGUUUGGACUUAUCCAAGAGAUCUAUACACAUAUUGCCAUCAUCAAUCAAAGAGUUGACUCAAUUAACAGAACUUUAUUUAUACAGUAACAAACUGCAGUCCCUCCCAGCAGAGGUGGGCUGUUUAGUAAAUCUCAUGACACUGGCUCUAAGUGAAAAUUCACUUACCAGUUUGCCUGACUCUCUUGAUAACUUGAAGAAGCUGCGGAUGCUUGAUUUACGGCAUAAUAAACUGAGAGAAAUUCCUUCAGUGGUGUAUAGGCUAGAUUCUCUCACCACUCUCUACCUUCGCUUUAAUCGUAUUACUACUGUGGAAAAGGACAUCAAAAACCUGUCAAAACUCAGCAUGCUUAGCAUUCGCGAGAACAAAAUCAAACAACUACCUGCUGAAAUUGGUGAAUUAUGUAACCUCAUUACGCUGGAUGUAGCUCACAAUCAACUUGAACAUCUUCCAAAGGAGAUUGGAAACUGCACACAGAUAACCAACCUUGACUUGCAGCACAAUGAACUGCUAGACCUCCCAGAUACUAUAGGAAACCUGUCCAGUUUAAAUCGUCUUGGUCUGAGAUACAAUAGACUGUCAGCAAUACCCAGAUCACUAGCAAAAUGCAGUGCACUUGAAGAAUUAAAUUUAGAGAACAAUAACAUUUCUACUUUACCAGAGAGUCUUUUAUCCAGUCUUGUGAAACUGAAUAGCUUGACCUUAGCUAGAAAUUGCUUCCAAUUGUAUCCAGUGGGUGGUCCAUCUCAGUUUUCUACCAUCUAUUCCCUCAACAUGGAACACAAUCGAAUCAAUAAAAUCCCAUUUGGAAUUUUCUCUAGAGCAAAAGUAUUAAGUAAGCUGAAUAUGAAGGACAAUCAGUUAACAUCACUUCCUUUGGACUUUGGAACUUGGACCAGCAUGGUAGAAUUGAAUUUAGCCACUAAUCAGCUCACAAAGAUCCCCGAGGAUGUAUCUGGACUUGUUUCUCUUGAGGUUCUAAUAUUAUCAAACAAUCUUCUGAAGAAGCUUCCCCAUGGUCUUGGAAACCUUAGGAAGUUAAGAGAGUUGGAUCUAGAGGAGAACAAAUUAGAAUCCUUGCCAAAUGAAAUUGCUUAUCUUAAAGAUUUACAGAAAUUAGUCUUGACAAACAACCAAUUGACCACUCUUCCCAGAGGCAUUGGUCACCUUACCAAUCUUACACAUCUAGGCCUUGGAGAGAACCUACUUACUCAUCUUCCUGAGGAAAUUGGUACACUGGAAAACCUAGAAGAACUGUAUUUGAAUGACAACCCUAACCUACAUAGCCUUCCCUUUGAGCUGGCUCUCUGCAGCAAGCUUUCAAUCAUGAGUAUUGAGAACUGUCCACUCAGUCACCUUCCACCUCAGAUUGUUGCUGGGGGACCUUCUUUCAUCAUUCAGUUCUUAAAAAUGCAGGGUCCAUAUCGUGCCAUGGUCUGAUACAAAUCUGCUGGUCCCACACACUGUUCAAAAUAGACUGCCAUUAAUGUUUCAUAUCUAUAUCUGUAUCUAUUUAUGUAGAUAUUGAUAUAUAUGGCAGAUUUAUAAAGACUGCAUUAUGUGUUUCUGCUAAUAGAGGAAUUAUAGCCAUUUAGAUUUUUUAAAAUUCUGUACAAAAGGCUUAUAAGUUUUCUUUGCUGAAAUUGAUGUUUUUCUGUUUGUAAUCUGAUAUGCCAGUUUGCUUAAAAAUUUGCCAACAAAUUAUGAAGUUGUUAAAUUUAAGGGACAGGAGUAGUAUAGUUAGAUAUGUUUAUCUUAGGAAAAAUAAUGGACAAACGAUUUUGUUGCAACUUUUCGUAUACAUUUUCCCAUUACCAAUUAUGAGAUCUUUAUAGUGAAAUAGGCCCUGAAGGUAGAAUUUUUCUUUAACUUAUUUUGAAAUUUGAGAUUUAAAUUUUUAUAUAUUGUUUACAGUCAGAGUAAAUCACUGGAUUUUUGUUGUUGUUGUUUUGAUUUGCUCUGUUAUAAUCAGUCAAAUAGAGUUUUAUUCUCUGUUAAAGAAUUUGCAUCAGUUAGUAUAAAUAUUAAAAGAUAUUUGCUCGUUGAAACAACUGGCAAAGUGAAAUUAUACAAAGAUCUAUAAUUCCUUUAAUUUUGAUUCCUUUAUGAGUUUGUGAAGCAAAAUAUCUGAAAUGAGUCUUUGAGUAAGGGGAGGAUCUUGAGACCUUUCCUGUUAUAAAUAUGUUUUCUGAAGUUUAGGGGAACAGAUAUUUGUAGUGAAAAGGAGUUUUGUUUUUGGAUUUUUUUUUUUUCAUUCCUAAAAGUCGCAGAUCCACAAAAACAGAAAAAAUUGGCAAAUAAAUAAAUUACACAUAAACACAUUCUAUAUAUGUAUAUACAAUGCUAUAUAGAUAUGUAUUUAUUAUAUCAUAAACUACAAUAGGUAACUUUAAGGAUUUCUCCCUAUCCUUGUACAAUGAAAUGAAUGUCUUUCUUUGAAAACUGCAAUAUAUGUACGUUUCAAGGUUAUUUAACAGUGUACUAUGGUUUUAUAUCUUGACUUGCCUUGUACAUCUUUCAGUUCUAAAAUAUCUGUCUAAGCACAAUAUCUUCACACUGUGCUGUAUUGCUGCUGAACUAAAUGCACUUUUCCCCACGUGUGGGGCACUGGCUUCAAACAAUUCAGUUCAGUACCAUUACUUUUAAUAUCAUCUUUUCUUUCUUGAUAGUUAGUAAUAUGGUUUUGGAAAAGAGGAAUAUCGCACAGAAGCCAUUGGUAGCUCAAUGGAAGUUAUGUAAAGUGUGCGUGUAUAUUUGAUAUAUUUUCUUUUGCUUUACUGCCUUUAAGACUAGCAGAAUUGUAAAUGUGUGCCCCUUAUGUAGUACUCUUAACUUUUGGUAAUAUUGGUCCAAGUCAGUUUAAUUGAGGAAACUCACAAAGUAAGUGCAUUCUGGGUAUCAUCCAAAAAAAAAACCACUUUCCACAUAAUAAGUAUUAUAUAAUUACAUAUUGCUGCUUUUUUUCCCAUUUAGAUGGACAUUACGUUCCAAACCCCCCCAAAAUUUGUUUUUAAAUUAUGAUAUUAAGAUAGAGAUUUGGGCUGUUUUGCUCUUAUAGGCACUCAAAUUCAGGACUAGGUUUGGGGUCAAACCUGUGUUCAUAAUUGACAAUUUUAUAAGGAACAACUAAAAAAUGGAAGGCAGGUGAAGAUAUAAAACCCUAGAAUGCUUAAAUGUGCUGUAAAACUAUUGUAGAUGUCACUGGAUUUUACCAAGUAAUAUCCUUUCUUUUUUCCAUCUACUGUGGCUUUUCAGUUAAAAUUUUGUUUAUAAAAGGAAUUUGUUUAUUACAGCUCUACCUA